AUGAACUCACCAUCUUCACAUGCUAUUGAAAGGAAUAACAACAGGUUCUACUCCUAUCCAGUUUUUGGCUCAACAAAGUCUGAAAUCAAUGAGACAACAUUUUCAAUUAAUUCACUUGAGAGUUUACAAAGUUAUGCUGAUAUCAAAAAGUGUCAAGAAACCAAGGACAGCCGUUUGAAUAAUGUCAAAGCACGAAUUAAUGAACCCGGGCCUUCUUCAUUCUACCCCUUGCAGAAAACUGUUGAAAAUAAACCUGAGAAUCAUACAUUACCAUCGAAAUUUUCAAGGUUUACAAAGUUCCUCCACAAGUUUCAAUCAAAAAUAUCUAAAUCCACCAAUCUCAAAACAAGAAAGUACAACACCAUAACGGGAAUCAAUGUUGCUUCUGCUAACAAUGAUCCGUCAGCUUCAUCCUGGAAAAGAUGUUUUUCAAGACAUCAUCAUCAUACAUCCAUGUUUUACACCACCAAUGAGAAGCAAAUCCAUUUGAGAGAUCCAGUUGAUAAAGCUACCGAGGCAAAACUUAUUGAUAUCUUCUCCCCGCCUGUCGAUGAACCUAUGAAGACCAUUGACUCUUUCAAAGACCAAGCUUAUGUAAAAAAUCAAGAGAUAUCCACCACGAAUCACGAGCCACAGAAUUUUGGUUUCGAUAUUUUCUACAACGACAGCUUUUUUACCACAGCUGUAAGAAGGCCAGUUUCCUAUGACAAUUCACAAAUAACGGAUGAAACUAUAGUAAUUUAA